AACGAUAAAUCUGAGAUUCAAAUGAUGAGAGAAUUAAGUUCACAGAUGUUCAAGCGGGGGCAGGGGCGGAGGCAGUUGACCAAGGAGAAAAAACCUGCAUAUCCUCCUGUUCGUUAUUACCUAGAUAAAUCCAGUAAGCUGCAAGUAUUAGAGGGAUAUGUUGAGUUUGGGAUAUCUAACGGUAUCAUUUUAGGGGCAAUCAUAAGUGAGUCACUUCGUCCAAUAUACUCGGAUGAUCCUGAAGAAGGAAGGAUUUUGGUACUCUUGAAAAACUACAAGACUUUACGAGCAGGCUCAACUACUCUAGAAGAUGAGGCAACGGCUCUGCCUACUAAGACUGUGAAAAUUAAACUGCCCUUCCUUCCUAAAAAAUUUGAAUCUCCAGGCCAAAGCCCUGUUGUAUCUGAAGGUAAACCAGGGUAGCGGAUAUCAAGAUCAUGGGCGUCAAUUUUACGGACCUGAACAUCCAGGUUUUCAAUAUGCAGAAUAAUAUCAAGGUCAUGGAUCUCCAGGUUGUUAAGAAUAGAUAUAAGAAUACGAAACUUCUUCUGCUUGCUUGUGGCUUCUUGUUAAGCAAAUGGACAGAGCUAAAGGAUACCAAGCUAGUGCAAACAUAAAUGAGCCUUUAUUCUUCCGAUGUGCGGGAAGAAUAUUUUCGUUUUAAAAACCAAGAUCGAGGGGGAGAGUACUUUGUCACAAGAUAGUGAAAGGCAG